CGAGAGAAGGAAGGAAGACAAACAAAAUGGGGAUGAUGAUAAGAUCAAAUUUUGGAAGUUGUAAUCUGCUGGUGAUCGUAUUAGCGAUGGCGAUGAUGGGAUCAACGGUUGUGUAUGGCUACGAUAGCUACAAUAGUUACAACAGCUACAACAGUUAUUAUACGCCUACGCCACCUUCUUUUCCGACAACAAAUUAUUGGAAGUUCGCUCAUGCUACUUUUUACGGGGAUGAAACUGCCUCUGAGACUAUGGGAGGAGCUUGUGGGUACGGGAACUUGCACGAUAGCGGGUAUGGACUAGAAACGGCAGCUCUUAGCUCCGUGAUGUUCAAUAAUGGGAAAGCUUGUGGUACUUGUUAUGAGAUCAAGUGCAAAUACUCAAAGUGGUGUUAUUAUUAUGGACCUACCAUCAAAAUCACGGCUACCAACCUUUGCCCACCAAACUGGUACCAGGACACCAAUGCGGGUGGGUGGUGCAACCCACCUCGCUCCCAUUUUGACUUGUCUAAGCCCAUGUUCAUGAAAAUUGCUCAAUGGAAGGCUGGCAUUAUCCCAGUCAUGUACAGAAGGGUGCCAUGCAUAAGGCAAGGAGGAAUUAGAUUCAAAUUCCAAGGCAACCCAUACUGGUUGCUAGUGUAUGUGAUAAAUGUGGGAGGAAGUGGAGAUGUAUCCGAAAUGUGGGUUAAAGGGUCAAGCACCGGGUGGUUGAGCAUGAGCCGCAACUGGGGAGCUUCCUACCAAGUAUUUUCUAAAUUAGGAGGUCAAUCUCUCUCUUUCAAGAUCAAGAAUGGAGUUGGACACACCAUUGUAGCUUACAAUGUUGCUGAUUCAUAUUGGUCUACUGGCCAAACUUACCAAGCUAAUGUCAACUUUUACUAACUUGUGAAAAAGCUACAACUUGAUUUAGGACCAUCACAACAUUUGUAGUCCUAGCACAGUUGUUAUCUUUAUUUAAUUUGGUGUGUAGAGCACCAUAAAGGUUAGUGAGGUAGAUGGAUUUGGAUCUCAAAGUUUUGGGCGUUGUGAGUGUCACUCAAGUGUUUACCAAUUACUUGAGUUGGCAUUCAAUCCUAACAUAAUUAAGAUCCUACAAGGACAAAUUUAUUGAUUGCAUGUUUUCUUUCACCGUGAUGCAAUCAUAAUAAAGUGUAAUUAAGUGUU